AUGUCGGUCGGCACACCAGGUAGUCUUCAUUCUCCAGGUGCUGCUUUCAACAGUGUGGAUAUCCAGAAGAGCGUCUCAGAGAUCUUUGAUCUUGAGCGCGACCCACGAGUUCCUUUUGGCCUCGUGCAAGGCUACCAGGAGAAUGACCAGACGGGUCCCGACCAAAUUGCGGAAAAAAUAACGGCGAAGAUCGAAUACCUCACGAAUAUCCUACCUAUUCUCACUCAUCUCUGGCUCUCAAGCUCUGAGCAUCUUGACCUCUCAGCCGAGAAACUAGCAGAUGCGUGUCGUGAAACUCGAUGGCGAGUCCCCGUUGGCGAGUCAGGCGUCUUGGAUUUCUUCCUAGGAAUUCUGCCACACUGUGAAGAUAGAAGGGUUCUCAAGCUACAGAUCUUGCGACUCAUUGGGAAUACGUGCGCAGAUGUCGACAAUAACCGGGCUCAGAUUUUGUCGCGCAAUGUUUUCCCGUCUAUCAUACGCGAUUUGAGAGAUCACAUCCUUUCGCCAUUUGCUGUCGUAGUAAUCUAUAAUAUGUGUGUUGAUUAUGAACCUGCCCAAAGAGAAGCAUCCGAGCACCAAUUGACUCGCGAGUUAAUUGAAUACCUUUUUGCAGCAGACGAUGGACGCGUUGAAGUGUUUCUCGACCACUGUUGUGAGCUAUUAGGGUUCAUGGUAACUCAAGAAGCUGAGAUCGACAAGGCACCUAGCAAUACCUGCCUUGUAUUAUUCAACGUAGCAGCUGCUUUAAACAUCGAGAAUAAACUUGAGGAAUUCUCCAAGCUACUGGAUAUUGCCACUUGUUACCUGACACACACCAAAUUCCGGAAGGGUUUGAUUGAGGAUGGUGGUAUGGUCAAUGCUUUAAAUCUCAUGACGAAGACUUAUAUGUCUUUGGAAAAGCCAGAAAGCAUUAUACGCCGGUCUCACCAGGCUUUCCCACAAGACGCAAUUGAUAGAGCGGUGUCUUCGCUUUCUUCACUCAGCCAGCAGAUUCUUGACACAUCAAGUCUGCCAGAAUUCAGUAUAGAGCUGUAUCCAUUAGAGUCUCAAUUUGGGACAACUCUUAUCCGAUUACUUUCAUCGUCUAGGGUGGUAUUUCAAAACUACGCAUGUGUGCUAGUCGGAAACCUUGCUCGCUCAGACACAGUCUCGGAAGAGCUCGUCCACACCUACCAAAUCCACAAUAAUCUCAACACAAUUCUGAGGACUACAGACGAUGCAAAGAUCCUUUUCGCCGCUCUAUCUCUCCUAAACAAUCUAUGCGUCUCGCCGAGAAACAAGGUCGAGCUCGGCAACAGCGGACUCCUCGAAUUCCUCCCCACGCUCUGGAAUCUAGCAGACAAGGUUGCAAUCCAACACGCUUCAAUCCGCUUAACUCGCAGUCUCCUCGUUAGUAAUUGGGAUAACGUUCGCAGAUUCUACCGCCGACUGUCGCGGGACAAGGACUCACCAGCACACAUGCGAUCCAACAUGUCGCUCCUCCUCGCGACAUUCGACAGAACAGAUAAUGAAACCACAAAGGUAGAAAUCUCACGACUGAUCACAGCCUUCUGCCGCGUAGGCAGUCAGCGUAUGCCCAAGGACUCGCAGAAACUCGAGCAGAACAAGCGCAAAUUCUACUACAUGCACCCGGAGAUCAAGAAACCCCUCAUCUUCAUGAUCACACAGCAGAAGUCCGCAAUCGUGCGGUCAGAAGGCUGGUUCACACUUGCUCUCCUAGCCGGCACAGCCGAGGGCACAGAAUGUAUUUUCAGCGUUCUAUCUGAAGACGGCGGGAUGCAAGCCCUGAUGGAGACGAUCGAGGGAAAGAGGAUCGUGGAUGGGCAGCCUACCACGCCUGGGGUGCCGCAGUGGAUUGACCAGUUCAUGGGUGAGGGCUGGGACUGGGGAGGCAGUCCACAGGCUACUAUGACGUCGUCGGAGGAUGCGCAGGCAAUCAGGAUGGCGAAUAUAGACAGGAAGAAUGCGAGGGCGAUUUUGAGGGUGCUGAUCAAUAGUGGGCUGGACGCGGUGGAUUCGAUACAGCUGAGCGUGUACAAAGAUCUCUUGAGCUCUGGGUCUCUUUAG